GGAGAUGUGUAGCGCGGCGCACCGACUCGUGAUAAAUUGCGGAUGCUCGACCAAGCACCUUCAGCUGGGUGAGUCCAGUAAAACUAAUGCAGUCAGCAUCAAAUAUCGAAGGCUUACAGAACUAUUAAUUUUGGGGAUCUAUUUGCUAUCACAAGGAGACUUGGCGAGCGCGUACUUACCUAAGGAUUACUAACUCCUGCUUGGGCCAUCUGUGUCUGUCUACUUCAACGUACUUCCAUAAGAAACUGCAACAAAAUGGGCAAGAAGAAAGGUUAUGGGAAGAGAAGUAGUAGUAGUAGCAGCAGCAGUUCCAGCAGUAGCUCUGGUGGCAGGUACAGGCCUGAACGAAUUGAGAAGCGACGUUUGAAGUACAGAAAAAAAUGAUGAAAAAAAACCGUUGUAUUUGCGGAUAUUGCCCACAUGGUGUUCUAGCCUGCGACCAAAACUUUAUGCAAAGAUAUCAGCAUGGGAUGACAGGAGGAUAUGGACCAGGUGGACAAAAUAUUGGAGGUGGUUAUCAUAAACACAACCCACUUUACCCCAAUCCCAUGACACCACAAUAUCCACCUGCACAGCCUUUCAACGCCAUGCAACAAGCUUCAAUGAUGCCACAACAACCUGCAGUCUGUCCUAAUCCUGGCUCUCACCAAACAGGUUAUUUUCCGCAACCAGGAAUGCCACAGCAAAAUUAUGGUCCAGGUCAUCAUGGAAACCAGCCAUAUCCCUCUUAAUUUUCUAAAUCCUUGCAGUACGCACAUAUCUGCUGUAAGUUUACACAUAUUUAGAUUUUAAUAAGUUUCUUACAAUUGGUUGGGUUUUUUUAUACUUAAAAUCAGUCUAUCAGUUUCUUAAAUGAUACAUAUGCAACUGCAGUUGUACAAGGUUUAAAUAAUCCAAAACCACAGACGUGAAAUAUUUCUCUUCAAAAGAAGCAUGCGUUCUCACUUUCACAUUUAGUAAGUACUGGGCAGGUAAAAAAUCAAUUUAUCACAGUAAAAGUUAUAUGUCUGGCACCUUGAGUCAUAUGAUGUACCUAUGAAUUUCACUGACAUAUUCAAGUAUGUUAAAUUAAAUGCAUGUUACUUUUGAUGGUGUCCUACAAGUAGUGUCGUUGAAAGAAUGAAUAGCUAAAUAUCACAUACUGUUCAGAAAAACUGACAAUGAAAACCUGCUCCAUCUUGUCUAGUAGAAUAGUUUGUUAGAAAGGAACUCUGAAUCAUUCGUGUGAGGAAACAUCAACUCCUAUAGCGUGAUAUAAUAUUACUUCAGUAAUGGUCCCUUAGUUUGUUCGGUGCGACUCUAGUAACUGAAAAGAUGGUGCUGGUGCGCAACGACUGGUCUGUCAAGUCCUUCCUUCAGUCAAAUCAGUGACAUUUUCAUCUUGCUUUCAUAGCAAGAAAUAAAUCACUACCCAAUAUGCUGACAUUAUUAUUAUUGUCGUCAUUCUUCUUUUUUUCUCUUCUUAUUAUUAUUGUCAUUAGUAUUAUUGUUGUUAUUAUUACUAUUACUGUUACUAUCAUUACUAUUGCUAUUAUUAUUGUUACUAUUGUUAUCACCAUUAUUAUUAUUUUUAUUAAUGUUAUCAUUACAACCACUGCUAUUAUUAUUAUUACUAUUAUUUUU